GGGCCAACGCGUGCCAACGCCAAGCUUGGCUGGCUUGGCACCUUGCAGCGACCGCCCCGAUCCCGUCGUGCUCCCGAGUUCCUUCGCGUUUCGCCGUGCUCGUAGUCGCGCCAAGCGGUCGCUUCGUGGCUACGUCGUGUGGGGCGUCGUUAUCAGUUGCCGUACUGCUUAGCGUUGCACAAUACCCACGCGACUCGUCUCGCAUCGGUAAAAGACGCGACGGCGGUUGAGCGUGCGCCACACCGGUGAAACUCGGACUCACCCCAGCAGCGGUCGCGGCCACUUGACCGGACAUGCCGACGCCGUCACCACGAGUCCAAGCACCAUCGUGCGGAGCCGACUACAUUUAGAGGCACUCGUCGCGUAUUUUGGUGAGCGGCAUUUUACGGCGGCGCGUUGCGAGUACGCGAACGAGCGGGCGAUCCACGAGACACUUCCGCGAUGUCGACGAGGCGCUCCCGGAUCCAGAUCAAACCCAACUUGGGGCGCAAGAGCGACGGCCCUGCGGCGUCGGGACCGCGGAAGCCGGCGCCGCCUGCCCCAGCGUCGGCACCUCCACCGCCUUCGACCACGUUGGGUGCCGGUGACAGUGCUGCCGUCACCGAAACGAUUGUUGCCUCGUCGGCUCCUGCACCGCAUGAGCCUAGCGCUGCGGACCAACCGGACGUUGCGAGCGUGCCAGACCAGCCGGCCACGGUGCCGGCCGAAGAGCCCGCGACCCCAACCGCGGCUCCCGCAGAGCCGCCUUGCGCUGCAGUCGCCGUUGCGGAGUCUCCGGCGGACCCUCCGGAGCCACCACCACCGGCUGAGCCCGCCGUGACCAAAUCGCCGCCCAAGCGGCCAGCGCCCGUCGUGACUACUUCGGCGCCUCCCGAAAAGGUAGCCAGACCAUCCGAAGUAACAGAGCCGUCAACCCCUCAGCCGCCGGCGCCCACCCCCAGCACGCCUUCGGAGCCACGGACUCGCAAGGUGGAAAAGCAGGUGCGGCGUCGCAGCAGGCGUGUGAGUGCCCGCAAGCCACCCGCGGACCGCAGCGCCAUGACCAUGCAGGACCUCAUCUACUACAACCCUCCCGGGAACCCGAUGCCGGAGAAGUCAUCCAAGACGUUGAGCAAGGAAAAGGUGGUUUCAGAGACCAGGUCGGUUGCCGAUGCGGAGGAACAGGAGGCUGUCGACGACGUGGCCGAGCAGGAGGAGGACGAGACCGCGGAAGUGGGACCCCGGGUCCGCCUUGGUCCCAACGGCGAGAUCACGCUGGACGAGGAGAGUCUGGUGAUCCGCCGGCAGGUGGCGCAGCCGACGACGCGCGCCGUUGUCUACGAGACGGGCGGCGAGACCAACUACGCGUCGUUCCGCAAGAAUGUUAAGGGGCGGUGCACGUGGACGCCGGCGCAGACGGCGCGCUUCUACCGGGCCCUCAGCGUCUGCGGCACCGACUUUACACUUAUGGCCACCUUCUUCCCCAAGCGCACCCGCCAGGAGCUCAAGAACAAGUUCAAGCGUGAGGAACGCCGCAACCGGGAGCUCGUGGACCGCACCAUCAACGACCCCACCCAGUUCGACCCCGAGGGCCUGGAGGAAGAGACCGACGAACCCGACGAACCGGAGCCCGUGCCCAAGCGUGGGAGGGGCCGCAAGCGCAAGGCCCCACCCACAGACGACGUCGGCGUCCAAGAGGAAGUGGUCGAAGAGGAGGUGGUGCACGAGGAGAUCAUCAUCCAGGACGAGCCGGAACCAGCAAAGACCGUGGACGAGACGACGGGGCACGCAACAGGGGCGACCGAGUCUGCAGUGAGAGUGCCGGGAAGUGCAGCGGGCGGGUCGGCGCCGCCGCUAAGGUUGCAGGCUGGGCAGCUGGUGUUCUACGCCAGCCGGACACAGGAGCAGGUGGUGCACGUGUUCGUGGUGGCACCGCCGCAGGGCGGUGCGAGCAGCGAACUGGCUGCACGCCUCAGCAGUCCGCCCCUGCAGCGCGUUGCGACAGCCCCACCCUCCGCGGCUUCCUAGUAGUGUUUGUUGCUUCGGUGGAUGUGUGCGUGUGUGUGUGCUUGUGUGUACCUAUGCGCCCACGGGACCUGGUGUGUUUUGGUGCACUCUCGAACAUGCUACAUGUUGUUGCGAACGUUUUGUGUUCGUACGUGAACACGAACCCAGCGCAUGCACAGUACCCGUGUUCGGACGUGUACCUUUGCUCACGCUUGGCGUGGGAGGUGAACUUUUGUGCGCAUGCACUCGGAUGCGCAGUACUGUCAUCGUGGGCCCAGCUUUGCUGCUGUGGCCCGCUGGGCCAACGGAGAGCCGAGGCACCUAGAGGUAUGCUCGUCCUCCGCUCGCCUCAUGCUUUGGCAAUUCCUACGCUGUCCGAAUGAUGUGCCGUAGCGAAGGUUAAGCGAGGUGCGGCUCGGCAAUGCCAGUGCAAUCUUUCCACACUGUUGCCUUUGCACAUUUUGUGUGACAGUCCUAGCUGGCUAGAACCAUCUUGUCAGGCUUGUUAGUGUCGUUUCACUAGCAUCUCGCAGCAUGUUCUCGUAACACUGGUGUUGCUUACGAUCAUGUGACCAAGCAAAGCACCUUGACGAGUGCAGAAGGAGUGUGCAUGAAAACGUCGUCUGCUUCACUGACGAGAGAGCCUGCAAUGAAUGGGACUCAUUUUGUGCUUCCCGAAACAGAAGCUAACCAACCAAAGCCACUCUUACAUCUUUCAAAUAGCCGCCAUUUGGCAUGAAAUCUGCACAGAGGUCACAUGGCAAUAUUACUUUUAUAUAUGUGACAGUCAAGCGUUGCUAUUAUUUAUUGCUGAGCCUCUCAGCCUAACGUGUCAGCCGUCUGCUGAAGACGCCGUAUUUUAUUUUAAGUGCUCUUGCACUUGAGGCUGCACUUACGUUCCAUGUGCUCUCAGGAAACUUACGAGACUUCUCUUUAUAUAUGAACAUCUUUCCUAAACGUGUUGACGUGAAUGAACAGGCCUAAUUGUGCUUUAUAUAAGCGUGCUGUUGGCAUUUUUCGGUUUCUUGUUGUAGUAGAAACUUUUGUAUGAAUUUAGUUCCUGUAGAGAUCAUGUGCUGGGUGAAAGCAUUUACCCUUCCCAUACGAAUACGAUAUUUAUUCUGGAAGGUCCAGCACUGGUCAUUUAGGCCAAGUGCAAGUAGGGUUGCCCUAAAAGGGGAAAUGUCUAUCGACCACUGCACUGCGAUUGUACUCUGACAGAUGGUUUAGAAACAUUUUGUGUGUUUACUGCACAGAAUGUAUGGUUUUAACGAGCACUGUUUCAUGGUAGUGGCUGAGCUAAAUGCUUGUACUGCAGAAAUGGCAAGUUGAUGGGAAAGGCGUUGCAGUUGACAUUUUCGUAACAUGACAUGUGUAUGUAUUGUUAGCUGCCUCACCUGUAGAGUCGUCGAUUGGUCAAAAACAGUCGCAUGUCAAGGUGUACACACGGGUAUCGACAGUUUACCGGCCUCUUGUUACAUUAAAGACGCUUGUAACACAGCUGCGUGUUGGGUACCCGCGGCAACCUUCGCGCGACUGUUUUUGCACUCAGACUUGUGUACCAGCUGGCUUUGAUAGGUGGAGGUGGUUGCCGACCUGUGCUUUCUGGAUGGCGCCCUGUUGAGCCUCAAAACAAAGAAUCGUCUUGUGUUCCAGUCGACGAAGCACCAAAUACGGAUGGCAGGUUGAUCGUCCAGAAAAAAAGAUGGCACAAGUGCAGCUGUGUUGCAUUGCGCACCACUUGGCUUACUGAUAGUGAAACGGCUGGGCUGUUCCCGCUCAUCGGUCUUAAGCUAUCUCGGGAGGUCAUUGUCAUUUCACUGGAAGCUGGCCACUUAUCAAAGGAAAGAAUCACUUGUGCACGAGAGCUGUCCACUGAAUCACCCCUGUGGCUGAAGAGUGGGAAUGGACCUGCACUCUGUCUGUUGGUGUGUCCGUGAUCUGCAAUGCCAUGUGCUGUGAUGUUAUAACUCUGACCCUCAGUCCCUUGCACUGAUCUUUUCUUCAUAUCGAUGGUACAUUAUCAGAAGUCAAAGGUGUACUCCUCUUGCUACCAAGGCAGACUGAACCAUGUAGUGGGCCUUGUGGCUGCAUUCUUUGGCUGUUUCAGACCUCCAUUGAUCUCAGUCUUUAUUGAGAGCUUUGAAAUGCCAGAGCUACGAUAAGCAAUUCACUACAUAGUUCGUAGUUAGCUUUGGUCGCGCACUGAGCUAUAUCUCUUUGCUUUUGAUAUUCUGGACCUGUGCUCGUUAAAUUUUCUUUGCGUAACUUCAGCCGAUGUUUAGGUGGCUGCCAGUCGCGAUACUAAUCGGUAUGGUGAUAUGAAUGUUGCGAGGAUGACCAAUUAAACGAGAAAAUUAAGUCGGUGUGGUGAUUUGGGUUACUCAUGGUGAACUUGUUCUUAGCGUUGACAGACACGGACAAACAAGGCGCUUUGUGUUUUCUGUGCCCCCGUCUUUUGUCUGUCAGUGCGGAAACAAGUUUACUGUAAAUAAGAAAAGUUUUGCCAAUACAGGUCCUUUGCUUCCAAUGUUCCCGGCCCAAAGUGCUUGUAACCCAGUAGGACACAGCCUGUUAAUGCUUUCACUGCCAUUACUGUGCUAAUCUGAGAGUGCGGAGAAGCUUGGCCUUCUCUGAGGCUGUACACUGAACAAGCAGGUUCAGUGAGCACAGUGAUAUCACAUGGCUUAUGUCUAGUCCAGCCACUAGGGAAAAUUUUGCAAUAGACAGGACAUUCUGGUUGAAGGGUUCAGAAGGUGGUAGGCCUGUUGUUUGUGCUUCUCAUCCUCAGAUAUAAAGUGAAAGACCUGUACUGGUCUUUCACUUUAUACUUUGGACUGUUUCUGGUCCGACUGAUAAGUCCGCUGCGUGAAAUUUUUCCUGCUCAUGCAAGGGGCUUUCCUGAACUGAAGCUGUAACUGGUAAUGUCUGUUUAACAAAAGUGUUGUUUGGUUAUGGUGUCUUGCUUGAUGCUGUGCACUUGCUAAAAGAAGUAGAAAUGGAUUUGCACGAUUCCUGUGGAAAGCUCAAAUAAACCAUUCUCCAAAUA